AAUCCAUCCUCUCUUGCCAAUAGACGUUUAUUUUGGCACCUCAACAAGGCUACUAUCUAUAUGAUAUCAACCAUACAAGUGAUGUGGAAGUGUAAUAUCCAUCAAAAUAUAUGACGAAAAAUUUCGUUCAUUUGGUUUCAUAGUCAACAAUAUUGACUUUAUAUCAAAUUCAUUUUGUUGGUACAUCGAUUAGCUUCUUCCAUUUACCUUACAAAUCGGAAAAUUGUAAUCGUCUCUGGUUUUAUUCGGGAUCGACGUCUUCUGGAAGUCGGAUGCAUAGCACAACGUAAGGAUGACAAAGCAUAAACAAACCAGCGAUUAUAUUGUCUCAUCUUUAAUUUGGGCAUCUGUUUUCUUUCAGGUAUUUCAAGUGACCUCUGCAGGGGGUCCUUACCCGUCAGAGGAUAGGAAGCUCUGCCAGCAAAGCGAGGUGGAUGCAUGCAGGAGACUCGGCUUCCGCAACAUCUCCAUGAGUGACAUAUUCGGUUUGUUUGUCCCUCAGAGCGGGAUCGCGGAUGCAGUAAAUCACAUGAUGCCUCUAGUUGAUACCGGGUGCUCCCGGGACCUUCUUGCUCUGAUCUGCGGUGCCUAUCAUCCACCGUGUGACCAUGAGACGGGGGAGAGGAUGCCCCCAUGCAGGGACGCCUGCAGGAAGAUCAUCAACCAGAAGUGCAAAGGACAGUUGAAGCGUUUGGGAUUCCGGUCAGAGGAAGUCUUGCAAUGCAGGAACUACCCUUCCAAAAGACAGGAGAGGCGAUGUCUGAACGAUCUCAGCAAUUAUCGAGAGCAAGAAAGUACCACCACCAGACCUCCAACACCCACCACUCUUAUUAGCAUGGCAAAUGUUACAUCUAAUAUGACAAUGCCAAACACUACCUCCCAUAUUACCAAUGCAACCACCCCAGCCACUAACACAACCACCAUUGCCGUCAGACCCACGCCGGGAGAGUCCCGCGUUCCUUCUGUUAUUUUCACCCUGGAGCGAUCCGCAUCGAACGACGGCUGGGUGCUAAUCAGGGAACCGAAACCCAGCCUGACUCCCGAAGUCGACGGCUUCGAGGUCGUGUACUACAACGACCGCGGUGAUGACGGCGGUGAGAGGACGGUUUAUGGUCAAGACCAGAUACAACUUCAUUUGAACUCUGAUGAUGCGUACACUGUCUUGAUCCGAGCCUUCAAUGAAACUGACACGGGUGCUUAUCAGGAUGCCCGCAUGGAACCCUACAUUCACCCUCACUGUGAAGAGAUUACAUUUUCAACGUUUCGUAGCCUGUGCAGUAACGUGCAUUACCGCCACGUUCAGUAUUCGAGCGGAACGGCCUUCCCCUCCCAGGCCGCUGCUGCUGGCCUCAUUGCACCAGUUGAGAAGAUACUGAGAACCAUGGAUACCAAGUGUGCCGAUUUUAUGAGACAAUUCUUGUGCACGGUUUAUGCACCGCCCUGUGUCAAGAUGGGACCGCAUGGACCAGGACAUUUGCUACCUUGUCGUGAACUUUGUCAGCGUGUCGUAGACUCGUGCAACGCCGACCCGACAGCGGAGGUUUUCAGUGAAAUGGGAUACCUCAACUGCAGUAAUUUCCCGUCAAUAUUCGACGACAAUGCAACUUGUUAUAGUAAUGAAGUUGAGAUCUCACUGUGGCCUGUUGUUGCCGGAAAGGGUCACGUGAUCAGAGACGAGGGUUCAAAUAUCACCGCUUUCUGCUCGGCCAGCUGUGAGAACUGCUCUCGACCUCAGUGGCACGAUCCUAACGGCAGAGAAAUCACUGAAGACGGAAUAGAAAACACCAUCAAGGAUGUAUACACCACCAAUGUUGGUACCUUCACUUCUAUGUUGACGAUAACAUCACUGAAUUCUUCAUGGGUUGGCGAGUAUAUAUGUUGGUUCAAAAAUCAAGAGAAAACGAUUUCCGUUCAACUAUUCGGGAUGCCAACGUCAUCACCAUCUGAAAGCAAUGGCACGCUAAAUCAGUCAUCGACUUCAAAUGUAACGGUAGUGACUAAUGAGACAAUGGUAUACAAUGCCACAAUGAUGUACAACGUCACUACGACUCAAACACAAAACGUCACAAUGGUUUAUAACGUAACAUCCCAACCUACACCGUACUUCAUGAAUGACACGUCACACAACGUCACAAUGAUGAUAAAUUACACCACGGCAUCAGAAACUAAUAUUACAAUACUGGCCAAGCAACAUAAUGCAUCUAUGUCAAAUGCCACUACACCAUCAGUAAACGAUACUACGCCCUCAAUCUGUCCACAAUGGAGAGGUAACAGGACAGUUUUAGAGCGGUCCUACGUCAUAGAAGAUCGGGGAAUGACGUCAUUCUUCAGGGGUUGGGUCGACGUACAGGGACAAGGAGCGGCCAAUGAUUUUUGCAGAAUAGUAAGAACUGAUGGGAAACCGUUCAUGUCCUGUCUACUGGCUGGUUCGAUGGAAGAUGACCUAUUAGCAUACACAUCUCCCAACCCCUCCGAAGAAUGGUUUGACCCAGGCUAUUCCAAUACUUGGUAUAUGAAAGACGAAGAUGAAGAUGGACGAGAUGACUAUUGCAGAUGCGUCGGAAGUGUACCGGAUACAACGGUUGUAUGUAUGAAAGCUGGACCUGCUGGAUUCGAGGGUCACGAAAGAGAUUUUACACCGGAAAGCUCACCGAUGGAUUGCUUCUACCUCACCGCUGAUCCCUUCUUUGGAUUUCCGUAGUUGUGGUCAGCAAUAAACUCCAGGGGUGUGUUUCAUGCAACACAUUUUCAGUGAUUUCCACUGACUGAUCUGACCUAAACCAAUCAGAAGCAAGGAUUUAUGUAGCUAAUAACAGUUUCAAGUGAAGGUCAUUGACUAUUUCGUUUUAUGAAAUGGGUCCCAGAUUGCCUGGAAGGGAACAUGUUUUCUCCAUUUAAGAGUGGAUUUCAUUUCAAAAGGACUGGGAUAGCAGCAGGCCUAAUCUAUCCACGUCAUUCAAGAACCCUCCAAUCAGAUUACAUCAUGGUACCUAGAAACUUGCUCUGAACCCUUUGGAUAUUUAGCUUCCAUCUUGGAUGUAUUCAUUCAUCUUUUGACAGUUGUUUGAAAUGAGAAAUGCGAUGAAUCGAAAAAACGCAUUCGAAUGUUUCAAUAUCUUGAUUCAGAGAUGUCAUGGUUCAUUCGAAGAAGGCACCAAGGUCAUCAAAUUAGGCGUAAUCUGCCCUUGAACAUUUAUUAAAUAGGAUAUUUACAGAUCAGUUAUUUUUUCAGAUUAAAUAAUGGAUUUCAUUAAAAGAUUUUUUUAACAGAA